UCUACAUAUUGUACUACAAUUUGCUUUUGUGGCAUCUACCGUACAUCGUUGAACGUAGCAAUAGUGGUUUUCUGUUGGUUACGUGCCGGAAAACAACGUGAAUAAACGUUUGGAAACUUGCAUAUACCUUCUUUCCUCAUACGCGAAGGAAUCGAUGAGUUGAAGAAGUGUGCGUGUGUGUGUGCGCGUUUGUGUGUAUGCGUGCUCGACUCGGGCAAGAAUGUGUGAGUGUAUAUUACCGUUCGCGAACAACGAGAUCCGUUCUUCGAGUUCAGAAGUUAAGUAAUGGCGGAUGUGUUCCGCAGUUGGUUCCCGAAAAAUGCACUUUUCUACUAGCUUUGACUGACUGUGGUGAAUAAAAGUGUGCGAAAAUGGAAAACCGAAGCUUAAUGCAAGAAAACAGCCUAGUACCAGAACUUUACUUCCUCAUCUCCAAAUUCCUGGCCAAUGGACCACUGCGGGAAACGGCUAAGGUUUUGGUGCAAGAGUUGGAGCAGCUAGACAUAUUACCACGCCGACUCGAUUGGACUGGACAGGAGCAUCGGCAGUCGCUGGAGGAGUUGGAGCGAAAAUAUCCUCACAUUGGACCGCAACACUUGCUGGAAGUAUGUACGCGCAUCGGACCACUGCUGGACAAAGAGUUACCGCCUGCCGUCUCCGGUGUGCUCUCGGCGCUCGGUGCAGGCCGGCAGAGUCUGCUGCGUACGAAGGAAAGCGUUUCCUGCCCACGCCAGCUGGUCGACUACUAUACGCGCCUUCACGAUCGUCCCCUCAGCGAUGUGCUCAACCGGAAUAACACCCACAACCUGGUGAAGGUGCUGUAUGGGCGGGAGAGUGCGGGUCCGCUGACGCGUCGCCAAGCGGUGCCCACGAAUUUCUACACCAAGCAAACGCUGCAACGCCGCACGCUUGGCCACCUGUCCGCCGUCUACUGCGUGCUGUUCGAUCGCACCGGAAAGUACAUCAUCACCGGGGCGGAUGAUUUCCUCGUCAAGCUGUGGUCCGCCAUCGAUGGGCGGCUGCUGGCCACGUUCCGCGGCGCAUCGGCCGAAAUCACCGACAUCGCUAUCAAUCUCGACAACACGAUGCUGGCGGCCGGCUCACUCGAUCGCAUACUGCGCGUGUGGGAUCUGCAAUACGGUGGCCCGAUUGCGGUGUUGUCCGGGCACACCGGCAUGAUAACGUCGGUGAACUUUUGCCCAUCGCCCAAAACCGACCUGCGCUACCUGGUUACGACGAGCACGGACGGGUCGGUGGCGUUUUGGGAGUACAGUACGCGCGCCGGCAAGACGACAUUCUGCUCGAAGCCAACCUCGUACCACGAGAAGCUGCGGCCGGGCCAGGCACAGAUGAUUUGUGGAUCGUUCUCACCCGGUGGCAUCUUUCUGGCGGCCGGGUCGGCCGAUCAUCACGUGCGCGUGUACCUGAUGUCGGAGGACGGGCCGAAGCGUAUCCUCGAGACGGAAUCGCACGCUGACACGGUCGACUCGAUCCAGUGGGCCCACGCCGGGCUGCGGUUCAUCUCGGGUAGCAAGGACGGGACGGCACUGGUGUGGCACUUUGAGUCGCAGCAGUGGAAAUCGAUCCGGCUGGCCAUGGGUGACCGGCUACCGACCUGCCCACCGCCCAACCCGGACGAUAACAUCAAGCUCAAGGUGACGAUGGUCUCGUGGGACAACACGGACAACUGGGUCAUCACGGCCGUGAACGAUCACACGAUCAAGGUGUGGAACGCACACACGGGCAAGCUGCACCGCGUGCUGCGCGGUCACACGAACGAAAUCUACGUGCUGGAGUCGAACCAGAAGGACUCGGGCGUACUGCUGUCGGCAGGGCACGACGGUCACCUGUUCAUUUGGGACAUCGUGCAGGGCGUUUCGAUUGCCAGCUUUGUCAACCGCAUCGACGACCAUGGCGAUGGAGGCAUUUAUGACGCGAAAUGGUCGCCGGAUGGUACGAUGAUCGCUGCCACCGAUUCGCACGGACACAUCCUCAUGUUCGGGUACGGUUCGGGGCACGAGAAGCUGAAGCAGCUACCGCAGGAGCUGUUUUUCCACACCGACUAUCGUCCACUGAUCCGCGACUCGGCCCUCCACGUGAUGGACGAGCAGACGCAAACGAUGCCCCAUCUGAUGCCACCACCGUUCCUAGUCGAUAUCGACGGCAAUCCGUACCCGCCGGCGUUGCAACGGUUAGUGCCGGGUCGUGAAAAUUGUCCUACGGAUCAGUUGAUUCCGAAUAUAAGCGUUGGCAACGAAGGAGAACCGCAACAGCAGCAACAGCCGCAGCCACCACAACCGGUUCAGCAGCAGGCACAACCACAGCGUGUCCGGGGCGCGGAUGGAGCUUACUCGAACAUUGACCGAAUGAUCGAGGCGCUGGCAAAUAGACGCCAGGGGGGACCAGCAGACCCUGGCGACGAACAGCAACCAGAUUCGAACAACGAUCACGAUCGUCCUCAAUGGAACGGUGCGCCCGCUCGGCCUAAUAAUGCUGCCCAGGCAGGGGCCGUCGCUGGUCCUGCUGCUGCUGCUGCUGCUGGAGGAGGAGGCCCUCGUAACGCACCGGGCGUGCAGCAGCAGCAACGGUUUGGUUCGGCGGCAGGUAACUGGCACCGUACCGAGGAAGGUUUCAAGUUCCACCGGCGCCAGUACGUUCGUCCGAUGAGUCACUCAAGUAUGGUGAAUCUGAAGCAGCGCGUGUAUGCCGCCGGGCUGCAGGAGCAGGAAGUGUACCGGCGGGAAAUGUGUCGCCGACCGGUCAUGAUCAACACUGCCAACAACGGAGGAAUUGGUGGAAGACAAUCGCUGAGCGGUGCAAACAGAAGGGCCGGUGGUGGGGCACGUGCGGGAGGCGGUAGUAGAACUGUAAGACGUGCCAACGGUGGCGGUGGUGCGAAUGCAGCAGGUCGGCCGCCUCCAGCGUACCGCACUCGGGCUGUACGGGAGCACGAACCAGCGCAUGAUGCGGAAGACGAUCCCGCCGAGGACGACCACAACGACGACGAUUCGUCAUCGUCCGAGUCGAGCAACAGCGACUAUUCCACUGCCAUCGAGGAGAAGCUCGACCUGUCCGGAAGCAGCUCGAGCGACACGCAAAGCUCGGACUACUCGGACUGGGUUUCGCACGAGCCGGGACGAAACCUGGAGCCACCGAAGCGAUCGAAGCGAAAGCACGUGCAGCGGCGCGCAUACUCUCCACCCGAUCCGGACCAACCCGGUCCGAGUAAUGCGGCCCAGCCGGGAACUAGCGGUCUGAAUGGCACCGGAGCAGCCAGCAGUAGUAGACGCCGGUCGACGAAGGUACGCAAGAUUCCGCUGACGCGCGAUGGCGAAAUACCGGAGCAGUUCCGACCACCCGAGUGGCUCUCGGAGGUCAUCCCCCGGAAGGCCCCGUACUACCCGCAGAUGGGCGACGAGGUGGUAUACUUCCGGCAGGGCCACCAGCGCUACCUGGAGGCGGUGCGGGCCAAGUCCGUGUACAAUCUCGGCAACCGGUGCGAACCGUGGGCCACGAUGGAGAUCGAAGCGCACGAGCGGUGCAAGGUGAUCGGCAUCAAGUACGAGAUCCGGCCGCCCCGCCUGUGCUGUCUCAAGCUGGCCAUCAUCAGUGAGGAGGGCGAGCUGACGGGGCGCUCGUUUGCCAUCAAGUACCACGACAUGCCGGACGUGCUGGACUUCCUGGUGCUGAAGCAAACGUUCGACACGUCGGUCGGGCGCAACUGGGGCCCGGGCGAUCGCUUCCGGUGCAUGAUCGAGGACGUGUGGUGGACGGGUCAGAUCGAAUCUCACAACCAGCUGUCGGCCGACUUCCCCGACUCGCUGUUCAUGUGCUUUCGCGUGCGCUGGGACAACGGCGAGUACGAGCUGAUGAGUCCGUGGGAUCUCGAGCCGAUCGACGAAGCGCGCCAGCCGGACGAGGUGGGCGGUGCCUUUCCGGUGCUGCCCGAGGAGCUGCAGGCCACGCUCUAUCAGCCGAAACCGGAGGAGUGGCCGCGGGGCGAUCGGGACGCUUCCUGCCGGCGCAUCAUCGCCGGACUGGAGCAGGUGAUGGGACUCGCCAUCGCCGACCUCUUUCUGGCCCCGGUCGACCUGAACAUCUACCCGGAGUACGCCUUCGUCGUGGAGUAUCCGAUCGAUCUGAACACCAUCAAGUCGCGGUUCGAGAACCACUUCUACCGGCGCAUCACCUCCGCACAGUUUGACGUACGUUACCUCGCUACGAAUGCGGAAAAGUUCAACGUCUCGCACAGUACGAUCGUACGGAAUGCACGCAUCAUUACCGACCUGUGCUUGCGUAUUUUGAGUGAUCUCAAUGAAAUCGACGUACCGGCAGUUUACCAUCAGCUGGUCGACACUUACCUUUCGUCGGACUCGGAAACCGAACGGCACCGACCAGGAGGCCCAUCGACCAGUGGAACCGCUGGAGCUGGAGCUGGCCCAUCCGGGAGCGGUACUUCCAGCGGCCGACGUCCACCAGCCGGUUCGCGAAGAUCUCGUCGGUUAGUGCCGGAAGGCGAUUGGCGUGUGGACUGCCGAGAGUUGCUGGAGAUGAUCUGGCAGUGCGACGAUUCGGAACCGUUCCGGGAACCGGUCGAUACGAUCGAGCAUCCGGACUACCUGCAGAUCAUUGACGCACCGAUGGACCUGCGUACGAUCAAGGAGGAUCUGCUCGGUGGCAACUACGAGUCACCGUACGACUUCUGCAAGGACAUGAAGCUCAUUUUCCAGAACUCGCGCAGCUACAACACAAACAAGCGAUCGAGGAUAUACUCGAUGACCCUCCGGCUAAGCACUCUUUUCGAGGCACACAUUAAACCUAUCAUCUACAACUGGAAGCUGGCCCGAAGGCGAGGAAAGGCAAGCAGCAGACGAAGUGGAACCAAUGGCCUGGUCGCAUCUGCCGGCAGCAACGGAAUGGCUUCGUCUGCGUCCAAACGACGGCGUGACGAUCAUCGGCGUGACGGUGGUGGUGGUGGUCCCGGUCCGAGCAGCAGUCGACGGGCGGCGGCCGCGUUGAACAGUAGCUCCAGCAGUGGAAUGAACACAAGCCGUCAGGUCGACGAUGAUGAUGACGAUGAUGAAGACGACGACGAGGAUGAGGACGAACGGCGGCCGGCCAACAGUCGGACGGCGGGAAGCUCCAAGCGCACCCGCAACGGUGGCAUGGGGUCGACGCCGGUCCGGCGCGGUGGCCAAUCGAACGGUGUAUCGUCGUCGUCGUCAAGCCACCGAGACAACAACAAUGUGAUAGACCCGCUGGCCAUACCGGGUCCGAGUAGUAGCCGCAGUAGUCGCGGUGCUGCAGCAGCAGCCGCCGCCGCCGGAUCCGGUGGAAACGGUGGUGGUGGUGGUGGUGGCAGUGGGACGCCACGGAUGCUUACACGCCGCGGCCGUCGCUCGCAGGAUGAGGAGGACGAAGAGGACGAGGAGGAAGAGGAAGCGUCAGCAGCGAGCAGCGGUAGUUCGAGCGACGACAACUCAACGACCGACGAUUCCGACAGCGACGACGAUGAUGACGACGACGAUGACGACAGCACCGGGGUGCCGGUGUCGCACCGGGCGGACUACGAUUCGGGGGAAAUGUACGAUCCAUACAAGCGCCGCAGCAGCAAGGCACGGCCGAAGCAGAAGAAGAAGAAAAAGGUCCGCCGAAAAUCGCACGCCGUCAGCUCGACGACGAAGCGGAAGCGGCGCCCAGGAGUGGUCGGCGAUUCGCCCGCGACUGCGGCGGCGGCGGCCAGUGGUAGUAGCUCGCGACGAGCGGCGCCACCAUCGGUACGUUCCGUGCGGCAGGAUCUGUUCGGCAUCGCCCCAGGGCCAUCGACACAAGGUGGCGAGCAUAGCAGUUCCGCGAUCGCGGGAAGCUCACGAUCGUUGCGCAACGGUGGUGGUGGCGGUGGUGGUACGUCGGUGGUGGGUGAUAGUAAGCCAAAGACAGCGGCUGGGAGUAAGCGACCGCGAAGAAGUGUACGGAAUCGGAUGGAUACGAGCAACGACGAAGACGACGACGACGCUGAUGAUGACGCUGAGGGAGAUGCUGACCGCGAUGUGAAUGGAACGGAUGGGGAAGAGGAGGAUGAGGAUGAGCGGAGGCAGUAUCGUGGACCACCGGCGAAACGCAACCGUGGUCGGUACGAAUCGGAUCACAGCUACCACAAGGAGCGCCCGAAAACGGCUCGCAUCGUCUCCGACACGGACGCUGAAGAGGACGAACCGCCUCGCUCGACCCGUGGCAGUGUGAAGAAGGCGCAGGCGGAGUGGGGCAAGAGUGAGGACAGUCUCGAGGAGCCAAACAACAACGACGACGAUGACGACGACGACGAUGAUGAUGAGGAUGAUGAAAGUGGUCGAGGAGCAACGGCGCCGGACGCGAACGGUGGACCUAGUACGCGUCAAACGGCCGCAUCUUCAUCGUCCGCCGCCAAUAAUAACUCUUCGGCUUCACCUGCACCGCGUCGAAUGCGCGUCCGAAAGCUGGUGUCCGAUCUCGAGCAGAGUCCGGAGGAAACGAGCAACAUUAGCAAACGUGGCUCAACACAACGCGCUCAGCGAGCAGUUGCGGCACGGAAUCGUACAACCGCGACGACAGCAGCCAGCAGCAGUAGCACAUCUGCGGCCCGUAACAAUUGGUACGCCAGUGAAAGUGACAAUGAGGAAUCGACCGCCACCCAACCGCCGGUGGUGGCUUCGACAAGCAGUAGCUACUUAUCGUCACGCUCCUCAACGCGACGUUCGGUUGUGGAAACAACAUCGACGAAUGGUGCCGGUGGUCCGUCGACGGUGGUGGUACGUAAAACCGUGACCAGCACAACGACGGUGGCAAGUUCUUCGUCCAGUGGGCGAAGGAUGCUUCGGGGCGACAUCAACGUAGCGGCGGUGACCGCCGCUUCAAGCAGUACGCCUCCUCCGCACACGGUCGACCAUAACUACGGUGAGCCGGGUCCAUCGUCGUCGUCCACCUCGUCAGCCGCUGUGUUGGUCGUACCAGGUACCGGUGGGACGACAUCCUCCUCCUCCUCCACGGUUGCCCCCGCUGCCCUUGGAAGGACCCGAAACCGCAGCACGAUGCUAUCGCGCCACCAACGUAACGCGGACGAGCUCGAUCAAGGUGUGCCGUUGGCAGCGGUCCCCGAAUUAAACGACGAACAGCAGCAGCACGGUCGACGCGUCAACGAGCGUCGUGUUGCUGCCGUCGAAGAUGAAGAUGAUGGCAGCGAGGACGAUGAUCUCCCACUGCGCGCCCGAACUACUUCGUCCCGUGCUGCCGUGGGAGGUCCAUCGGCAAGACAACUGCGCUCCCGUACCGGUGGCACCAAGCGGAAGGCGCGCCUCUCUUCGUCCCACGAUGAAGAUGAGGCCGACGAUGAUCGGGGGGAAGAUGUUGAUGAUUCCGACGAUGACGACACACCGCUCGGUCACAUGAUGGCGGGCAGCUCCUCCACCACCUCCACGUCGAGAACGCGCACCGGAAGCCGCGCGCAAACGGCGGCAGCGACGGGGGCGGUAAGAGGAACUCCGAAAAAAUCCGGUGACACUGCGCCGCCACCAGGAUCGUCUUCGUCGUUCGGCACAAGACGUUCGUCGGCAUCGUCCGCGUUGGCCAACACGGCGCAUCGGACGCGGCGGAAAGAACGUUACACAUCGGACGAGGAUUAUGAGGUUCCCGGUACGUCGAGUGGAAGGUCAACGCGCAAGUUAAAGCGACCCCGGUACAACGAGGAAUCCGAAGACGACGAUGAUGAUGAAGACGUCGAUAGUCGUCGGCGCCGUGAGCGAGGCUCGAACAACCAUCGAACGCCGCUACGCCACAAUGCCGCCCGCCACCAGCCCUCACGCCGCUACAAUCAGGCGGAGGAAGAUGACGACGACGACGAGGAAGGGGACGACGAUAUUGCGCGCGUGCUCGCGAAUAUGCGGCAACGUUCGCGUCGCGCGGUGGGCGCGUCCACCGACCACGUCGGCAGCCAGCGGCAGCAAUCAUCAUCAUCAUCAUCGGCACGGUACCACCGACGAAACUGAGGUCAACCACACCGACGAUGGGGGCGGUAGCAGUCUCCGAGCGCAUCGGUCGAAUGGUCGUCUGCAGCGGACACA